AAAUGUUGAGAUUUCCUCUGGAUGUGAGGUGCUGUUGCCCUGUUUCCCUACGAGUGUGUGGGGAGAGUCAGAAAGAGAACGAAGCCGGCUUUGUGGACGCUAUCCGUGUGGAAAUAGUGCUUUUAUUUUGUAGUUUCUGCUGGAAAACAACCAUAUUUUUGCUUCCUUGGAAUUAAUUUAGCCAAACAAGUCAUGGAAAAGCCUUAGAAUCCAAUUCGUUUUGGAUUCCUUUUUUAAAAAUCAUUUUUCUCAUCUUCUCGGCACCACUUGGUCUUCCCCUUGUUGGUUUUGCCGGUCGUUCCCAGUUGCGAUUAUCCCGAUCAAAGUGCCCGGGGUCAUGUAAGCAGCCUGAGUUUCUCCGGCCUUGGAUCCCUCUCACCUGGCGUCGUUGACUUGAAGCAAAAAUCCAAAACCAGUCCUUGGAGCCUCGCAGGUUUCAGGAGGUUUCAGCCAUGUUACGAUGCAUUGUUCAGCGGGCCAACAACCUGAAGCACUCUCACCCUCUGGCUAGUGUCUCGUUCAGAGGGUCUAAGAAGAAGACAAAGGUCAUCAAGAACAACACUAACCCUGUUUGGAACGAGGGCUUUGAAUGGGACCUGAAGGGGAUUCCUCUGGACUCUGGAGCAGAGCUGCACUGUGUUGUCAAAGAUCAUGAGAAGAUGGGCAGAAACAGGUUUCUGGGGGAGACUCACCUGGCUCUCAGGGACGUUCUCAACUCUCCCAACUUCGCCGCCACCUUCACCGUCUCCCUGAUGGACACCAAGAGGAACAACACAGGGGCCACGCUGACCCUGCAGGUCUCCUACCUCCCUCCUCCAGGAGCGGCUCCUAUAUUUCAGCUGCCCCCCCACCCUGAGGCUCUGCCCCAUCACAACCCCGGGGUGGAGAUGGACACUGUCACGAUGAUUUCUCUGGACACUCUGGGCGACGAGGACACGGAGAGCAUGAUAAUGGUGGAGCCUCCGGAGGACCAGGGGGGUGACGACGGACGCUCCAUGAUCAUCGUUGGCCCCCAGGGGCCGUCGGGCCGCGAGUCGCCCGCCGCUCAGAUCCCUAAACGCUCCCCGCCGUCCUACAACACCCAGGGGGGGCUGAGGAAGAGGAGGAGGGGAGCAAGCAGUCACAACAAGCCCCUGCCCAACAAACCACAGGACCUGCAGGUCCGUGUGAGGGUCAUCGAGGGACGACAGCUUCCAGGCAUCAACAUCAAACCCGUUGUCAAAAUAAUGGUUGCCGGGCAGACUAAGAGGACCCGCAUCAGAAAGGGCAACAACCCGGUCUUUGACGAGACGUUCUUCAUGAACUUCUUCGAGACUCCGUCGGAGCUGUUUGACGAGCCGAUCUUCAUCACUGUGUGUGACUCUCGCUCUCUCAGAACUGAUGCUGUGAUCGGAGAAUUCAAGUUGGAUGUGGGCACCGUCUACAAUGAACACAGACACUGCUUCUUGAGGAAGUGGCUGCUGCUGUGUGACCCCGACGACCUCUCUGCCGGGGUCAAAGGUUACCUGAAGGUCAGCCUGCUGGUUCUGGCUGCUGGAGAUGAGCCUCCGGCUGAUAAACGCGAGUGUGUGGAGGAUAAAGAGGAUAUCGAGGCAAACCUGCUGAGGCCGGCUGGUCUGUCUCUGAGAGGAGCCACAUUCUCCCUGAGGAUCUUCAGAGCUGAAGACCUGCCGCAAAUGGACGAUGCGUUCAUGGACGGCAUGAGGCAGAUCCUCGGGUUCGACAGCAACAGGAAGAACCUGGUGGAUCCUCUGGUGGAGAUCCACUUCGCUGGAAAAACCGUGUGCACCAAGAUCAUGGAGAAGAACGCCAACCCACAGUGGAACCAGAGUCUGUCCAUGCCCAUCAGAUUUCCCUCCAUGUGUGAGAAGAUGAGGAUCAGAAUUCUGGACUGGGACCGAGCCAGUCACAAUGAUGUCAUCGGCACCACCCACCUCUGCAUGUCUCAGAUCUCCGCUCCCGGUGGAGAGAUAGACGUGGACGACAGUCUGGGUUUCCUGCCGACUUUCGGUCCGUGUUUCGUGAACCUGUACGGCAGCCCCAGAGAGUUCACCGCCUUCAACGACCCCCACGAGGCGCUCAACCUCGGAAAAGGGGAAGGCGUGGCGUACAGAGGUCGAGUUUUAAUGGAGCUAACGACAAAACUGGCGGACAAACCGGAACAGAGAACUGAAGACAUUCCGUCUGACGACCAGCUGGUGGUGGAGAAGUUCCUCCGGAAGAGGAAGUUCUCUCUCUUCGUGGCGUUCUACUCGGCCACGCUGCUGCAGGACGUCGACGACGCCAUCCAAUUCGAGGUCAGCAUCGGUAACUACGGCAACAAGUUCGACUACACCUGCCUUCCGCUGGCCUCCACGACGCAGUUCAGCCGGGCGGUGUUCGACGGGUGCCACUACUACUACCUGCCGUGGGGGAACAUAAAGCCGGUGGUCGUCCUGUCCUCAGAGUGGGAGGACAUCAGGCCGAGGAUCGAGGCGCUCAACAUGCUGCUGGCUGUCAUCGACCGACUGGAGGAGCAACUGCAGCGGGUGCAGCUGGAGGUGAAGGCAGGAGGAGAUCUGGAGGACGUGGAGCUCCGGGUGGUGGAGAUGUUGGAUCAGGUGAUCAUAGACUGCAGCGAGGAGCUCCCCUCCCUCGACGAGUGGCAGUGUGCGACUCCUCUGGAUCGCUCACUCAGGCACAUCCGCUCUCUGCACCUGCAGCAGAUCCUGUCUGCGGCCGAGGCUCUGAAGCACGGCCCGGCCACCGACCUGUCCACGGUGCUAGAGCAGGCCGAGGACUGGGCCUGCAGGCUGAGGAGCAUGGCGGAGGAGCCCCAGAACAGCCUCCCGGACAUCGUGAUCUGGAUGCUGCAGGGCGACCGCAGAGUGGCGUACCAUCGCAUCCCCGCACACACCGUCCUCUUCUCCAAGGACAACUGCGGGAAACACUGCGGACAGCUGCAGACCGUCUUCCUCAAGAGUCCUCAGGCCAGUGGAGCAGAGGCGAAGCUCCCCGGUCAGCUGAGAGUGAAAGUGUGGUUCGGAUUGGCUGCUGACGUCAAACACUUCAACCAAUACGCCGAGGGGAAGCUGUCCGUGUUCGCUGAGACGUAUGAGAACCAGACGCGCCUCGCCCUGGUGGGCAGCUGGGGAACUACGGGCCUGACGUACCCCAAGUUCAGCGACGUCACCGGGAGAGUGAAGCUGCCCAAAGAGAGCUUCAAACCCUCGCCCGGCUGGACCUGGGCCGGGGACUGGUUCAUCUGCCCCGAGAAGACCAUGCUGUUCGACGUGGACGCCGGUCACAUGACCUUCUCAGAGGAAGUGUUUGAAAACCAGAUGAGGCUCCCGGGCGGACAGUGGAUCGGCAUGACGGAAGGAUACACCGACGUGAAUGGAGAGAAGGCUGUGCCGAAGGAUGAGGUGGAGUGUCCUCCUGGCUGGGUUUGGGAGGAGGUGGAGUGGAGCGAAGAUCUCAACAGGGCUGUGGACGAUCAAGGAUGGGAGUACGGCCUCACCAUCCCUCCGGACCGCCGUCCUAAGUCGUGGGUGCCGGCGGAGAAGAUGUACCACACCAACCGGAGACGCCGCUGGAUCCGCAUGAGACGCCGAGACCAGCAGAAGAUGGAGACGCUCAGGAAGCGUGGUCCGGAUGAAGCGGAGAGGGAGGGCUGGGAGUACGCCUCCCUGUUUGGGUGGAGGUUCCACCUGAAGCCCAGGAAGACGGACAGCUUCCGGAGGAGAAGGUGGAGGAACCGCAUGGAGCCGCUGGAGAAGACGGGCCCCGCCGCCAUCUUUGCUCUGGAGUGUUCUCUGAGCAGCAUAGAGGACAGGAAUGAAGACAAGUCCGUCACCACAACAUUCGGCGUCAACAGACCCACCAUCUCCUGUUUCUUCGACCGAGGCACCCGCUACCACCUGCGCUGCUACCUGUACCAGGCCAGAGACCUGCUGGCCAUGGACAAAGACAGCUUCUCAGACCCGUACGCCAUCGUGUCGUUCCUCCAUCAGUCGCAGAAAACGGUGACGGUGAGAAACACCCUGAACCCCACCUGGGACCAGACGCUCAUCUUCUACGAGGUGGAGAUCUUCGGAGACCCUGAAGGCACCAUGUCCUCUCCGCCCAACGUGGCGGUGGAGCUCUAUGACCAGGACACUUACGGUGCCGAUGAGUUCAUGGGCCGCUGUGUGUGUCCUCCCUCUCUCUCCUCCUCUCCUCGUCUGUCCUGGUUCCCGAUCAGCCGAGGAGAGAAAAGUGCCGGAGAGCUGCUGGCCGCCUUCCAGCUCAUCCGCCGAGAAAAGCCAGCAGUUCAUCAUAUUCCAGGUCUAGAGGGAGACUUCAUGACGUCCAACCACGUUUUUGACGAGUUGAUGUUUCCAGGAUUCCUCUCUGAAAACCUGCAGCAAGGGGAAGAGGAGGAGUCGGACCUGCCUCACCCCCCCCCUCAGAGAGAGUCCAAUGUCUUCGUGGUUCCUCAAGGAAUCAAACCUGUUCUGCAGAGAACCGCCAUCGAGGUCCUAGCGUGGGGGGUCCGUAACCUGAAGAGCUUCCAGCUGGCCAGCAUCUCCUCCCCCAGCCUGCAGGUGGAGUGCGGGGGGGUCACGAUGCAGAGCUGCGUCAUCCGCAGCAUGAAGAAGAAGCCCAACUUCGACGUCAACACACUCAUCCUGGACGUGAGGCUUCCCUGUGAGGAGCUCUACAUGCCGCCCAUCGUCAUCAAAGUGAUCGAUAACCGUCAGUUUGGGAGGAAGCCGGUGGUCGGGCAGUGCACCAUCCGCUCUCUGGAGGACUACCGCUGCAGCCUGGAGGAGCAGGGAGCGAUGGAGGAAGAGGAGGAAGAAGAGGAGGGAUGGAGACGUGAAACGCCACAGUUUGCUGGAGAUGUCUUUAUUGACAUCGAUGACCAGGAGCCACUCGUAGCUGAGCAGCUUGCAGAUGGAUCCGGCUCAGCUAUCAUUAACCUUUCUGCCUCUAGUGAAAGCCUUCAUGCGGAGGAGUUCAUGGACUGGUGGAGUAAGUUAUACGCUUCGACCGGAGAGAAGAACAAGUACGGCACGUACCUGGAGAAAGGCUUCGACACGCUGAAGGUGUACGACCGGGAGCUGGAGAAGGUGGAGAGUUUCGGAGGUCUCUCAGAUUUCUGCCAGACGUUUAAGCUGCAGAGAGGAAAGACUCAGGACGAAGGAGAAGACCCGUCAGUGGUGGGAGAGUUCAAGGGUAUGUUCAAGAUCUACCCGCUGCCAGACGACCCCUCGACCCCGCCUCCCCCCCGACAGUUCAGGAAGCUCCCUCCCAACGGCAACGAGGAGUGUGUGGUCCGAGUCUACAUCAUCCAGGCCCAGGGGCUGCAGCCCAAAGACACCAACGGGAAGUGUGACCCCUACGUGAAGAUCACUCUGGGGAAGAAGACCAUCAACGACCAUGAGAACUACAUCCCCUGCACCCUGGACCCUGUGUUCGGAAAGAUGUUCGAGCUGUCCUGCUCCCUCCCUCUGGACAAAGACCUGAGAGUGAUGCUGUACGACCACGACAUGCUGAGCAAAGACGAGAAGAUCGGAGAGACGCUCAUCGACCUGGAGAACCGCUUCCUGUCCAGACACGGAGCCACGUGCGGUCUGCCCCAGUCCUACAGCGUGUCGGGGGUGAACCAGUGGCGUGACCAGCUGAGCCCCCGGCAGCUGCUGCUCAGGGUGUGUGAGCGCAGGAACCUGAGGAAGCCCGUCUACCAGGAGGACUCGGUGGUCUUCAGAGGAGCCAGAUACACCGCUGCAGACCUGGAGGACAAAAACGUGUCCAAGCGUCACCUCGGUCCUCUGAAGGAGCGUCUGUCCCUCCACAUCCUCAGGAAGCUGGGACUGGUUCCUGAACACGUGGAGAGCCGGGCGCUGUACAGCCCCCUGCAGCCAGAGAUAGAGCAGGGCCGUCUGAUGAUGUGGGUGGAUCUGUUCCCCAAAUCCAUGGGACCCCCUGGACCGCCGUUCAACAUCACACCACGCAAGGCGAAGAAGUUCUUCCUGCGCUGCAUCAUCUGGAACACCAGCGACGUCAUCCUGGAUGACAUCAGCCUCAGCGGGGAGAAGAUGAGCGACAUCUACGUCAAGAGCUGGCUGGACGGACACGAACACAACAAGCAGAAGACAGACGUCCACUACCGCUCUCUGGGCGGAGAGGGAAACUUCAACUACAGGCUCCUGUUCCCCUUCCUCUACCUGCCGGCCGAGCAACUGUGUGUCAUCGACAGGAAGGAACACUUCUGGAGUCUGGAUAAAGCAGCGACCAAAGUGGCUCCUAAACUCACCGUCCAGAUCUGGGACAACGACAAGUUCUCCUUCGACGACUACCUCGGUCACCUGGUCCUGGACCUGAACCACAUGCUGCGUCCGGCCAAGUCUCCGGAGAAAUGCGACCUGCAGCUGCUGCAGCAGGCGGGGGGGAAGCUGGUGUCUCUGUUCGAGCAGAAGACCGUCCGAGGCUGGUGGCCCUGCAGCUGCAUGCAGAACGGAGAGAGGCUCCUCGCUGGGAAGGUGGAGAUGUCUCUGGAGAUCGUGACGGAGCAGGAGCAUGAGGAGAGACCGGCGGGGGUCGGCAGGGACGAACCCAACAUGAACCCCCACCUGGAGGAGCCUCAGCGUCCGGAGACCUCCUUCCUGUGGUUCUCCUCCCCCUUUAAGACGCUGAAGUUCAUCCUGUGGAGGCGCUGGAAGUGGUUCAUCAUCCUCUUCAUCCUCCUCUUCUUACUCUUCCUCUUCCUCGGAGUCUUCCUCUACUCCUUCCCGAACUACGCUGCCAUGAAGAUGGUCGGACCCUUCGGACCAGCAAAGCCAGCAGCGUGAUGAAGAUGAAGAAGAAGGAGGGACAGACGAGGAAGAAAGUCAAGUUUCCACAAGUGAAACGAGGCUGAAUGUCAUUUAUUUCCUCCCUGUCGUCUCCAUAAAGUUGAUGAACUCGUGAACUUCUUCUGAGGAGUGGAAGCUCUUUAAUUCACUCUCACAGAGAGAGAGAGACCUGAUUAGCCUCUGACAUGACGAGUGUGUGUGUGUGUGUGUGUGUGUGUGUGCGUGUGUGUCACAGCUGUACUGGCUGUCAGAUCCCAGCAUGGUCUGCCACUCCGCCCCUCCGUCACGUCUUUCAUCCCUCGCUCCGUCUCCUCCCGAAGAAGAAGAAGAAGAAGAAGAAGAAGAAGCGCCGUCAUGUUUGAAAUCAGAGGAAACUGAAUCAAAGGUUGUGAUGUCAUCGCCUCAUCUUCUUUUCCCGCCCGCUGUUCCCCGUGCCAUCCCGGGGUUAGGCGGCGGUGACGCGCUGUCAGACUUUCAUCAGCCUCAAAGAAAACACGGGGGAUGUAUUCCCUCAGAAGCGCCUUUACAUUAUUUACCCCCGGCACCCGAUGCUGCCUUCAUGUGCGAUCAGAAAUCACAGACCCGGAUACAUGCCGAGUGAUUCCCGCUGCCUUAGGUGAUCUUCCUCAGCCAAAUCCUCUUAUUUUAUUUUAUAUAUUUAAGCACCUUUUCCUCCCCUCCUUCCUAUUCCUUUCCUCCUCUUGUUGUUUCUCCAUCUCCUCCCCCUCUUCCCUUUCCUCUUCUUCAUAUUCAUUAUUCAUAUUUCCUUUCCAUCUCUUUAACUUCCUUUACCUUCUAAAAACAUUUGACUUCCUUUCUUCCUACCCUCCUUGCUAAACUUCUUUCUCCUUCAGUGUCUUAUUCUCUUCGUCCUUCUCCCAUGUUUUUCUGUCUUUCCUCCUCUUCCUCCUCCUCCUCCUCCUCCUCCUCCUCCUCCUCCUCCUCCUCUUAAAGUCUUUCUCAGAGCGCCGAGGGUUAAGUCAGGGAUUUGCUCUCGGUGAUCUCGGGGGCUCAAGCUUUGUUUCUGCAAAACAGUUAUUAAGUUAGAUGACCAUAGAUAAGAAACACACACACACACACACACACACACACACACACACACACACACACACACACACACACACACACACACACACACACACACACACACACCAGUCUGAGUAGGAAAGGUUAGAGAAGUGGGACUAAUCCACCCAGAUCCUACGGGAUUUCCUGAAGUGUGUGUUGGGAAGUUUAUAUUUAUAUGUGUGUGUGUGUGUGUGUGUGUGUGUGUGUGUGUGUGUGUGUGUGUGUGUGUGUGUGUGUGUGUUUGUUUUGAGUUCCUUGGAUCCUUUAUAAGCCCCCGCUUACUUAGGAAUCAAAACAAAACUGAAGGAUGAACGCCACGAUGAAAAAUUAGGACGACAUGAAGGAGAGAACGAGAGGAAUAUGGACCUCCUCUUUCUUCUUCUCUGAUUUAUUUCCUGCAGUCUGAAGGUCGGCUCGGUUCGCCUUGGUCGGCACCAGGGUGGAAAAGUUGACUCUGGUUCCUUCUGGGUUCACACCAGACGCUUACGAGCCGACCGAGCCUCGUAAACAAACGUCACACGGACCCGAAGCCGCUCUCUCAUUGGAUGAGGAGUCAUCUCUCCAGCCUCAGCGUAUACAUCACUCUAAUUAACCUUUGGAAAUCACUUAGAUACACACUAAAAACACGCCUGAAUUUGGCUUUUUACUCCAAUGAGAGAGCGGCUUCGGGUCCGUGUGACAUUCUGCGCUUUCUCCCUAUCACAUGUCAACAUUUGUUCCCGUACACUCAUGCGUGUUGGGUUGUGUCCUGCAGAGGUUAGAUCACAGAGAAAGCACUGUGCAUUCAGCGACUUCAAAGGCGUUCUGCACAGAAAGACUAAGAGUUUAAAGACAGAAAUCUACUAAUUAAGUUGCAUUUUAAUCAAUGAACUCCGUCAGACCCUUCACUACAAUGAAUCAAGUGCUUUAUGGUUAUUUUUCAGGGGUUUAGAGUCACUAAAUGACAUGGUUUGACGGUUGCAAAAGCAAACUUGGCGGUGGUUCCUCAGCUGUUUGCACUGGAUUAGAGAAACCAAAUUUGACCUGUGAUUUUGUCCUUCAAUGGCCAAGUUUCCUCCUCCCUCCCUUCCUUUAACACUCAGAACUGUACCUAGAUUCAUAUCAGGAUGUUUUCCUGGACAGAUUAUGAUUUUAUUGAGGUGUGUUCCUCUUGAAAUAGCGUUAUAUAUAUUUGGAUUGAGCUUUGAGUGUCCUGCUGUUGUAAAUCCAAGAGUCUGAAAACUGUUAUUUGACAAUCCUGCUGUCUCCAUUAUUUUACUUCUGCUCUCACUAUGACGCCCUUCCUGUCAGUGAAUGCACUGUGCCUUUAGCCUUUAGCUUUGCUGCAUUGACAUACACUAAUAUGUGCCUCUGCAUGCCUCAAACAGCCAGAAUGUUUCAUUAUCUUUCACCUCCAGUUGCCUUUAUGAAGCUUAUGUCACUUUUUGAUGUUCAAGUCAACAUCCAAUUGAAGAAAACGUCAUUUGAAAGCUGUUUUUUCCUCAGAGAUUUAGGAUGCAGAACCAUGCUACGUUCAUGUCUUUACACCAAAUAUUAACUUCCUGGACUCCUGUCAUACUAUUCCUUCAUGCAACAAGGGAAAUAUAGGUUUCAUUUUGCAAAACUAGUCUUGAAAUGCUGUUUUAUAUGUGCAAAAAUGCAUGUUUGCUACUCCUAAAGGUGUUUUUAUUCCUUUAAGUCAGGACAUAUGUGUGUUUAAUCUCUGUGCUUCACUCUUCAGUUUAAAACACAUAAAACUGCACUAAACAAUAGCUUAUAAACGUGUGUUUUUGGGGUGUUUAACAUGACCGUGUUCUGGGAGAAACAGACCGAAUGUAUUCCAAAACGUGAUGUGUGUUUAUCUUCAAUACGGUGUGUGUCCUGCGUUCUGUCAGCGUUAUCAAUAAACUGCAUUUGAUCUGU